AUGUCCAAAGACACCUCUUCAAGCUGUAAAGUCAUCUUGGCUGGCACAAUUGCCAAAGGUCUCCUGAGCGAAAUUCAGGCUGGACUCAGGAACCUCGAUCGCAAGCCUCAUUUAUUGGGGAUUCUUGGCAACGACGACCCAGCUGCGAAGGUCUACGCAGACUGGACCCAGAAGACAUCCGAAGACAAUGGCUUCCAGUAUUCUCUGCGACUUGUCGCUAAGGAUGACGUUGAAGAGGCAAUCCUUGCCGGCAACAACGACCCUGCCAUUGAUGGGAUCAUCGUCUACUACCCCAUAUUCAACAACCGGCAAGAUCAGUACCUCCAACAGAUUGUCGAUGUCUCCAAAGACGUUGAAGGCCUUAGCCAUCAAUACAUCUUCAACAUGUAUCAAAACAUUCGAUAUCUAGAUGAUGCACAGGCUAUGAAAUCCAUCUUACCUUGCACUCCACUCGCGGUGAUCAAGAUUCUUGAAUUCCUGCAAAUCUAUAACACGAUUUUGCCGUACGGGAACAGGUUAUUCGGACGCACAAUCUGCGUGGUGAACCGAUCGGAAGUUGUUGGACGGCCCUUGGCAGCAUUGCUCGCAAAUGAUGGAGCCUGCGUCUACAGCGUUGAUGUCACUGGCGUACAGCAGUUCACCAGAGGACAGGGAAUCCGCAAACGCAAACACGACAUCAUCGAACUGAAGGAUUGGACCCUUGAAAACCGUGCCCCUCUAUGUGAUGUUGUUAUUACCGGUGUGCCCGGUGAUAGUUACAAGUUCCCGACCCACCUGUUGAAGGAAGGCGCCGUAUGCAUCAACUUUUCAAGUGAGAAGAAUUUCACUCCUGAGGUGAAAGAGAAGGCCUCCAUUUAUGUCCCUGCAAUUGGCAAGGUAACUAUCGUCGUCCUGCUCCGCAAUCUUUUGCGAAUUGUGCAGAACAAGCAGGCUCGCCUCGAGGCAGCUGCCGCGCCCCAAGACGCUUCCAUUCCUGUAGCCAGCCAGAAAGAGCAACCUGCAGUUAAUGGAAUCAGCUCGUAG